AGCUUCUUGCCCACAGAUGCCCCGUCUGUGUCCAAAGGAGCAUCACACCCUAGCCCGGAGCCCCGUGUGAGGCAGCAGAGAUGGCACUGAGCCCGGAGCCGGCGAGCAGAUUCCCCGAGCUGGCUACAGCAGGCAGCACUGUGCCUGAGCUGCCUGGUGGCCCCAAUGCAUCCCUCAACAGUUCGUGGGCCAGCCCGACAGCGCCCAGCUCCCUAGAGGACCUGGUGGCCACAGGUGCCAUCGGGGUGGUGCUCUCGGCCAUGGGCUUGGUGGGCGUGGCAGGCAACGUGUACACGCUGGUGGUUAUGUUCCGCUUCCUGCACGCCUCGGCCCCCAUGUACAUCUACGUGGUCAACCUGGCGCUGGCCGACCUGCUUUACCUGCUCAGCAUCCCCUUCAUCGUGGCUACUUACGUGACCAAGGAGUGGCACUUUGGCGACGUGGGCUGCCGCAUCCUCUUCAGCCUGGACUUCCUGACCAUGCACGCCAGCAUCUUCACCCUGACCGUCAUGAGCAGCGAGCGCUACGCCGCCGUGCUGAGGCCGCUGGACACGGUGCAGCGCUCCAAGGGCUACCGCAAGGUCCUAGCGCUGGGCACGUGGUUGCUGGCGCUGCUGCUGGCACUGCCCAUGAUGCUGGCCAUCCGGCUUGUCCGCAGGGGCCACAAGAGCCUCUGCCUGCCGGCCUGGGGCCAGCAUGCCCACCGCGCCUACCUGACGCUGCUCUUCGGGACCAGCAUUGUGGGGCCCGGCGUGGUCAUCGGGCUGCUCUACAUCCGCCUGGCCCGGGCCUACUGGCUGUCUCAGCGGGCCUCCUUCACGCAGACGCGGCGGCUGCCCAACCCCAGGGUGCUCUACCUCAUCCUGGGCAUCGUGCUGCUCUUCUGGGCCUGCUUCCUGCCCUUCUGGCUGUGGCAGCUCCUGUCCCAGUACCGCGCAGCCCAGCUGCUCACGCCCCGCACCGCCCGCAUCGUCAACUACCUGACCACCUGCCUCACCUAUGGCAACAGCUGCGUCAACCCCUUCCUCUACACGCUGCUCACCAAGAACUACCGUGACUUCCGCCUGCGCUCGCUCCAGGCCAGGGGCGCCUGUGGGCCCGCGGGCGCCGGCAGCUUCCCGCAGUGCCGAGUCCGCUUCCAGCGCGGCUCAGGCCGCUCCUUGUCCUCUACCAGCCAGCAGGCCACCGAGACCGUCAUGCUGCCCCAGGCAGCUCCCAGGGGCGUCUGUGCCUGAGUGACCCUGGGCCCCACAUGGCACUGGGGUCAGUGGGGUAGGGGGUGGCUGGAGGCCUGCUGGGAGAGGUCCCAGAGCCCAGGUCACUGCCUGGAGCCCCUCCCAGCCCCCCACUGCCCCCGGCUGACUGCCCCACUUCCUUAGUCCUCUUCUGGAAAGUUCCCUGUUCUCCCUUCUCCGUGGCUUAUUUCAGCUCCAUCAGCCACCUUCCUCAUAAUGCCCAGAAGCCCCACUCCCAGCCCGUCCCUGAGGGUCAACAGGAGCCUCAGGCCCAGAACCAGGUUCUGAAGACCAUGGUGAGUAAGGUCUUCACCACCCAUAGCAGUGGACGUGAGCGCCCAGGCAGUGCCCACCCUGACUCGUGGCGGGUACACAAGCUGCCUGCACGGGACCCCCCCUCUUCUGGCCAGUGCUCAGCCCCUGUGUCCCCAGCCCCAGUCCCUCCCAGCUCCUGUGUGGCUCCAUUCCUCACAGCUUCAGCACUUGGAACAAUAAACUCCAAGCUCUGU